AUGGGACGUCGUGCUGAAGUACAGUAUACGACUGAUUGGCAGCUAGAUGCUAAUCGGAGGGAUUUAACAAUCAACUCGCUCUUUCUUGAUCUCGAUGGAAACGUCAUCGAUUAUUUUGGUGGCAUAGGAGAUAUUGAGAAAAGGCGUGUGGCAUUCGUCGGCGACGCUGUGCAACGGAUCCAGGAAGAUUACCUCAGAAUUCUAAGGUACUUCCGCUUCUUUGGACGUAUAGCAAAUUCGACUCAGCACGAUGCUGACACCCUGAAAGCCAUUAAAGAAAACAGUCACGGGUUAGCGGGUAUCAGUGCCGAGCGAAUAUGGACAGAACUAAAACGGAUUGUGGUCGGUCGCAUGGCAGAUCAUGUGAUCCGGUGUAUGCUAGAAGAAUGUAAGCUGCAACAAUAUCUAGGACUACCGGAAAAGUGUGACGUGGAUCGCUUCGCUCGAGUGUUUUCGAAAUACAAAACUGGUCUCGAGCCGAUGCUGAUGAUCGCUUGUCUUUGUGAAACCCAGGAAGAUAUCGAAUCAUUCCACAGAAAAACAAAGCUAUCAAAUGCCGAACGACUCCUUGGGGAGUUCAUUGUCGCUCAUCGAAAACAGGCGGAGAACGCAUUGUCCACGAAAAAUAUGGAUUGGUGGAAAGAUAUGAUUGUCGAGUUGGAAGUGAAUCCUGGUCAUGGUAAGCUUUCGCAAACGCAUUACGGUCAUAAUUUUUAUCGAAAUGAGUGA